AUGGAAACAAAGAAGGGCGAUUUUGAGGUGGGGAAAAGAAUCGGCGGAGGCCGCUUUAGUGACGUCUACCUGUGCAGGGCACGGGGUGAUAUGAAGUUUUCCUCUCCCGAGUACGCUCUAAAAAUCACCGAACCAGAAGAUGAACUGCCUCCACACAAUGUAAAAAACGAGUUGAAGCUGUUACGAAAACUGGCGGGUGCCCAAGAUAAGGAAGAUAAGGAGAAUGGUACCAACUUAGGUAGAAAUGUGGUGCGCCUGAUUGCAUUUUACCAAAGUCCCAUAGAAAUUGGGUUACUGUUCCCUUUUUACAAAAGCGAUUUGAACGGCGUGAUAGCAAAUAAUACCAACUUGCGGUCUGUCUUCAACUUGCAGGAUGGUACAAUCACAAAAAAUAGGAUAAACAACUUCGGUACGUCCCAGAUCAUCCAAAUUUUUAAAGGGUUGCUUCGAGGGCUUGCAUUUAUCCAUAGUCAGGGCGUCAUUCAUAGAGAUAUCAAUCCGAAUAAUAUAAUGUUUGAGUCGCCUCACGAAUUGGAACCUGUGAUUAUUGACUUUGGUAUCAGCUAUAUGGAGCCAGACAACAAUGGUUUGGAAAAACCAGAUUCUAAAAUUACAGAUAUAGCAACUGGCUAUUACAAGGCGCCAGAGUUGUUACUCUCAGUCAAAGACUAUACUAACAAAGUUGAUAUAUGGUCCGUCGGUGUGAUCUUGAUGCUCAUAUCAAGCAAAGAUUUUACCACGCCGUACUCUAAAGACUCUGCACACAGCGACCUAGCUUUACUUGCUUCCAUAUUUAACACUUUUGGCACGCCACCUGAUGAUUGGCAGGAAGUCAAAUCUUCCAGAUCGUAUAGCGCCAUGAACACUGCUUUCUUUCGCAAAACUCGCAGAUCCUCAGAAGAUUUACUGUUCAAGUUGAAGGAUCUUCCCCAAUGUGUGCAAAUUUUCAAUGAUAUGAUGGUCUAUGAGAGCUCUUGUAGACUGUCUGCAAGUGAGGCAUUAAAGAGAAUUGAGUCUGAUCGGCUACAGAAUCAAUAG